AUGGAAAAGAAUAAAUGGAUGGAUGGAGAAGGAGAAGAUGAAAAGAAGAUUAUUGACAAUGAUAAUAAUGACUUUGAGUCCGGGUAUUUUCUUCCCAUGAAUAUAAAAAAGGAUGAUUCUAGGUUUCCUUCUGCCAGAGACGUGAAGGAUCGUCCCGAUUAUGAUGAGGGCUGUGAGUUUAUACAAGACUCACUGAAGACGCCUAUCCCGAUUGGAAAACCCUAG